AUGCGUCUUGAUGAUCUUCUAGGAGAAAAAACAGCUCGUGUAGGACGUCAUGGAACAGCCCGGCGCGUCAGAAUAACUUGGGCUCAGUGCAGGCGGCGAAUUCGAAGGGGUUCUGAGAUGCGGAGGGUCGGAAUUAGUCGCCAGUGCGGACGUGCUGAUUCUAGACGAGCCUAUGUCUGGUGUGGAUCCUUGUCUGUUUCCAAAGUGGCUAGUGUACUCCAUGCAGUCCUGCACGACUGA